AUGGCGGUCCCCAAUGUCCAAAGGGAAUUAACUAGUGUUUGUGCUUAUUUGAUGACCAAGAAAAUUAUUGCAGAAAUUGUGAGAGAUAAACAACCGUGCUCUUUACUAGUUGAUGAAUCUCAUGAUGUGGCAGUGAAAGAACAAAUGGCUAUUAUUUUUCGCUAUGUGGACAAAAUAGGUUCUGUUAUUGAACGUUUUAUCGGGGUUGUGCAUGUUAAGAAGACUUCUGCAAAGUCUUUGAAAAUUGCAAUAGAUUUCUUUUUUGUAAAGCAUGGAUUGAGUUUGACAAGUUUAUGGGGGCAAGGUUACGAUGGAGCAAGCAAUAUGAGAGCGGCAUCUUGUAAGCACAGAGAUUUUCUACGUGAUAAACAAUAUGAAAAUGUGAUAUCUUUGAUUUCUAAUGGUGAUCUUCAUAUGGGACGAGGUUUGAAUCAAAAAUGCACCAUUAAACGACCAGGAGAUACACGUUGGGGUUCACACAUAGGGACAAUUCAUAGUGUCAUAAAUUUAUUUUCUUCUGUUGUUGAUGUGCAUAUGCAAUUGGAUUUGCCUGUGGCUACUGCAACAGUUGAAAGGGUGUUCUCUACAAUGAAUCUUGUGAAAAAUAGUUUUCGUAAUCGAAUAGGAGACGACUGGAUGAACAAUUGCUUGGUUGUUUACAUUGAAAAGGAAUUUUUUGCUACAAUUGAAAAUGAAGAUAUCAUUGAACACUUGCAGAAUAUAUCGAAGCGGAAAAUCGUGUUAAAUUGA